UUAACAUAACAAUGAAGUGACUAUGUUAUCUUCAUUGUAUUAUGAUUAACGACUACAUACCUAUAAUCCAGUCAGUGAUACUAGGUGCUUCGUACAGGUACAAUGCCUGUCAUACUUGCAACGACAGUAAUUAUUAUAGUUACUCUUCUAUACAUUCACUUCACAAAACACAACGAUGAUUGGAUAGAAAAAAAUGUUCCGGGACCAGAACCAACUUUUAUUUUCGGAAAUGUAGAAGACGCAGUGCUUAGAAGAAAACAUAUAGGCGUGGUUUUCAAGAAUAUCUCUGAUGCGUAUCCAGAAGAAAAGGUGUUGGGGAUAUUUGUUAUGAGAAACCCAGAAUUACUGGUACAAGAUCUUGAUAUUGUGAAGAACAUAUUGAUAAAAGACUUCGAUGUUUUCGUCGAUCGUGGUGUUGCGUUUGAAAAUAAUCUUGGCGCUGAUUUGCUACACGAUGAAGAUACUCGGAGAAUGCUGCGAAGUCGCUUUUAUUCGUUGUUCACUAAAGAAAAUCUUCAGAAUAUGAUGCAUCUCUUAAUUGACAAAGGGAACACAUUUGUGGAUUAUGUUGAUCAGAUCACUCGGUUAAAACAAGAGCAAGAUGUUCAUACUUUGAUUCAAAAAUACACGCAACCAACUGUUGCCAGUGCACUCGUUCACACUUAUAAGAAAGAAUAUUAUACUCUUUUUACCGACCCGAAGGCAACAACCCUCAACUUUCGUCGGGAGCUUGAAUUGAUGUAUCCCGGCAUUUCUAAUAAACUUAGAAACUUCUUUCUACCAAAAAAGUACAGUGACAGGACAAACAGUUUAGAUAUAACUGACGAAAUGAUAGCAGCACAAGCGUAUAUUUUUUUUGAACUAGGUAACGAGUCCACUGCCUCAACGUUAGGUUUCUUACUGUACCAGCUAGCUCUGAAUCCAGACAUCCAAGAUAAAGUGGUAGCAGAAAUAAAAGAAAUUCUAGACAAACAUAACGAAGAAAUUACUCUACAAAGUAUUUUAGAUCUAUCUUACAUGGGAAAAGUUUUCGAUGAGACUUUAAGGAUGUAUCCAGUAGUUCCCAAUUUCAGCAGGAAAUCUACCAAGAUUUACAAGAUACCAAAUACCAAUUUAAGAAUAGAAAAGGAUCAGUGCAUUAGAAUUUCGGUGCUUGGUAUCCAUUAUGAUGAAAGAAUCUAUCCGAGGCCGGAAAUGUUUGACCCUGAAAGAUUCUCUCCUGAAAAUGUGGAGGCUAGACACGAGUGCUCAUAUUUGCCUUUUGGACUUGGCCCAGGAUAUUGCAUUGCUAAGAACUUCGCACAAGUGGUAUCGCGGGUGUGUUUAGUGAAGCUCCUCUCCCAGUUUCGAGUAGAACCUUCAGAGGAUACGUCUCGGAAUGUCGAGUACGACCCGACACGUACCGUGCUGUACCCUAAGGGCAGAUUCCCGAUUAAUUUCGUGAAUAGGGAAGCUUCCAAUUAG